CACGAACUCGUCUGACACUUUUUACAGGUGACAUCACCAGCGUAUUGACGCGGAUUAUGUGAGACUAGCGCACGGUGUAAGGCUAAUACACUAAUGCCAGCAAGCCAGUGAAGUUACAGAUGGGCAGCACCUCCAGCAUAGCCAAGCCAGAGGCAGCUGAAGUUGAUCCAGAUAUGUUCAGGUCAAGUUCCAACAGGCAGCCAAGUACAGCACUGGCUACAGCCUCUACACCACCACCUCCACCUCCACCACCGCCAGUCCAGUCUAGUUCAGGUGACAAAGAUAAGAAGUCACACCUUCAAGAUGGAGGGGCAGAUGAGGUGGAUGCCCCAUUGUAUGAUCCCAAAUCCAAAAGAGACGUAUUUGGGACAUUGGUUGCAGACCCUAAGGUUGUUCAAGAGAAAACACCCGAAGGAGGAGAAAUGAGUGAAGCAAGUGUAAAAGUGUUGAAGUCUAUGAAGGAGAAGCACCCUCAGUUAGCGGAUACUUUUCAUAAGCAGUAUCAGUUUGUGUCUGUACUUAAAGGUGAUCUACUACUUGAAACAGAAAGAAAUUAUUUGCAGAAUUCAGCUGAAACAGAUGUCACGAUGAUGUUUUUGAAUGAGACUGACAUUAACAGAUCACACAUGGCUGAUUUCUUUGCUGAAAUUAAUGCAGCCAGUGUCUUUUAUGAUUCAUACAGAGCCUUAAUGACUAAAGAAAAGUUGGAGUACAUGACAGACAGUAUCCUGGAGGGACGGAUUACUAAACCAGAGAUAAUGUUCCUUGUUAACCUCCGGGGUAUAAUGUGGAAUUAUUCAGAUGCAAGUUCACUGUUUGCGGAGAAACUUGGCAGCACUGGAGUGUUUGAAGACCUUGUGAAAGACCUUCAGCACAUGAAGGAAGGGGACCUGGGUCUUUCCUUUGAGUCCUGUGUUGGCAUCCUUCACAAUACAUCCAAGAUUCUAGCAAAUCGGCCAUUGCUGCGAGCACAGAAGACCGGCCAACACUUGCUGCCCUUCCUCAAAUGUCAGAAAACAGCGGUAAAGAUGUUGACGUUACUGACCUUGUCGUAUGUCCUUGAUGAGUCCCAGAAUGACCUCCUCCUGGCAGACGAUAGUGUCUUUGACUUCAUACUUAUCAUGAUCAAGCAGGCCUGGAAGACCAAGGAACAUCGGUAUAAUGGUUUCAGUGUUCUUGAGCUGGUGGACGGAGUGACAGGACUGGCCAAGAAUGAUGACAAUAAGAAGUUGAUUGCGAAGAAAGGUGCGGUGGAGACAAUGAUGAAGAUUAUGAAGGAUGGAAGUGAUGAUGAGAAGUUGGGUGCUGUCAAAUGCAUCUGGGAGCUUUCCUUCGACAAUGACAACAGGAAAUCCUUUCAUGAGAACGAUGAGCUGAUGACACUGCUGAAGUCUCUCAAAAUGUCAGACAACAGGAAGUUAUCAAAAGCUGCUGGUGGAGCAUUAUGGGAAAUACAUUUAUACAGCGUAGACAGGGCCGUGAAUGGAAAGGCUGGAGCACAGGAUGGAGGACAGGGGGGAGGACACAUCAUGAUCAGCUACCAGUGGGCUGACCAGAAGAAGCUGCUCCAGGUGAAAGAGAUACUCCGAGGUCAAGGCUACAGUGUGUGGAUGGACGUAGACAACAUGGGAGGCUCUACACUCCAGGCAAUGGCGGAGGCUGUGCAGAAUGCCGCUGUCCUUCUCGUCUGUAUGUCAGAGCGCUACAAGGAGAGCCAGAACUGCAGAUCAGAAGCAGAGUAUGCUUUCUCCCUCCAGAAGACCAUAGUGCCUCUCCUGAUGCAGCGUGCGUACAAGCCUGAUGGCUGGCUGGGGAUGAUCAAGGGGACAAAACUCUUCUUUGACCUUAGUGGCAAAUAUGAAUUUGAAGGAAAGGUCAAUGAACUCAUCAAAGAACUAGGAGACAAGGGAAAGACUUCAAGUCAUGGAAUAGUUGAUGAGACUAAGAUCCCGGUGAUCCGAGCAGGCCCAGUGGAUGCUGGGAAGGGUGCCAGUGUCACAGACUGGUCCAGUAAAGAUGUCCUCAACUGGCUGCACAAAUCCAAAGUGACCAUGAAUGAGAAUCUGAAGAAGUUGACAGGAGAGCAAGUUGCCUUUCUGCGUAAACUGUCACACAGGGCUCCAGAAUAUUACUUCAGUUACAUUGAAAGAAAGCUCCAUCUUGAAUCUCUGGACGAUAUGAUGCACUUCAGCAAUGGACUUGACAAUCUCUGAUUGUGUAGUCAGCAACAUACCACAUAACGAUCGAGCUCCAUCUUUAAUCUCUGGACGAUAUGAUGCACUUCAACAACGGACUUGACAAUCUCUGAUUGUGUAGUCAGCAAAAUGCUACACAGUGAUCAUAUGGACUCUGAAACAACUGGUGUUAUAGUCACCAUUUUUACAUAUUGUAAAUAUUUCAAGGAUGAAAACCAUCAGGUGUGUUUUUUAAUCCUUGCUACCCAUCCAAAAGUGGCAACUUUGAAUCAUGGAAAUUAUGUCAUUUAAACAUUUCACUGUCAGUGAGUGAGUGAGUUCAGUUCUACGCUGCACUCCAUAUACUACUAUUCCAGCUAUAUAGCGGUGGUCUGUAAAUAAUCGAGUCUGGACCACAUAAUCCAGUGAUCAAUGGCAUGAGCAUCGAUCUACGCAACUGGGAACCGAUGACAUGGUCAACCAAGUCAACGAGCCUGACCACCCAAUCCCGUUAGUUGCCUUUUACGACAAGCAUGGGUUACUGAAGAUCAAUAUUCUAACCCGGAUUUGAACAACAGGUGAAAGACAUGAUACAAGAUUUGCACCGUAAAAAUACCCUCUAGUGCAUUAUGGAAACUGGACAGUCAAGAUACAUCAUAUUGAUCUAAAAAUACCUUCUUGCAUUUAACUCAUCCUUCAAAGCCAAGAUACAAUUAAUUCAAUGUAACAAUACCUACUCAGGUAUAAAUGAUAUUCCAAAGUCUAGACAUAGUUAUGUCAAUGUAAAAGAACCAGCUUGGGUUUAAACGAUACACUGAAGUCGAGAUACAACUUUUUCUGAUGAAAAUAACAACAUACGUUUCAAUUAUAAUCCGAAGUCAAGAUACAACUUUUCAUCGUGAAAUUUGAAGUCGAAGCAAAUGUGAACUUCAUACAUGAGUGCAGGAAAAUUCUCAAUAUGGCACACAUCAACAAUGACCAAGCAUAAUAAGUUAUGAAAUGAAUUUAUGUAAGUUAUAUAAGAACUCUUACAUUUCCAAAUUCAUUACAUUGUGUGGAGUUGAGGUGGGUUUUUUCAGAAAUAUAUCCAAAAUAUGUUCAUUAUUACAUUUUUUAUACCAGUCUUCUGUACAGAUAAUGUGUGAACUGAUAUAGAUUAAAGAAUUUCAAAGAAUGAUAAUAAAAAUAGGAACAAGAUUGGCACAAUAGUAUUUUUUAACCUUCGUUCGUGCGGGGUCGAUUGUUACUUGAAAAGAUGAGUGAGUAAUGUUUAUAGCCAAAUGUUGCCAGUACGGUAGGGUUUCAGCUGCAUAGCUUCAAACCCAGAUUAUGAUGAACACCUACCUGCCUAGAAUAACCACCUGACUCAUGAGAGCAAUAAAUUACAUUAUCAUAUCUACAUAUAGAGUAGACAGAGCUGGUAGCAGGGUAGGCAUUUUAAUAGGUUUAUUUAAUGUUGGAAUAUAUUAAUAUAUUUGAAAUAUUUUUUGCAAAACACUAAAUUGCACUCAAGGUAUGAAGUCUCGAUCAAUAUGUCAGUAUGCAUUGGAUUUUUGUUCCUGUCCCCUGGGCUAUACAGUUGUUAAAUAUAUACAUGCAAUGAAUGUUCAAGUUGAUGCCCGAUUGUUAAUGUGAAGGUGUGACCCACAGCCGCUAUGUGUCAUAAAUAUGUAUUGUCUUGACAGGUACAUGACUGGUACUCAGUGGAGUUGUGCCCCUAGGGCAUAUGGAUGAGUUUUUGAGGGGUUGUGGCUGAUUUUGCCAUGGAAUGUGUAUGUUUGUGUUGUUAACUGAAUCAAUACAGCUGUGUGUUCUAAAUAUCUAACAGCAUGUGAUGUCAGCCAGAGACAAGGUGCAGCCAUGGACAUCAUCGUGUCUUUGAUUGUGGACAAGUAGUGCCCUGUGUAAUGUGCACUGAGUAAUGAGCUCUGAUUUCAAAGCCAACACCAGUUAAAAGAUCAUCCGUGUCACAUGGAGUGCCUGAAUAAUCACCUGUUCUUUGUGAUCAGAGUUCAUGAUGUGGCCAACAAUUAGAUUGAAAACUCGUUCUAUUGGACCUGAAGCCAGCUUUGAUAUAUUUGGUUUAUGUAGAAAAACAUGUGAACAUGAGCACAGAUGGUCCAUCCCAGAACAUUGUAAUGUGUUGUUGGGAAGAUGUUAUCCAUGCUGUUCAGGAUGUUCAUCGGUAUUGUCUGCAUAUUACAGCUACAACUACAGUUGUAUAUAUACCACAGAUCACAAAUCAGGUGAAAUUAGAGCAAGACUGGCAGCAGAUGCAUAGGCAGCCAUAUUGCUGAUGUCAUUUCUCAGAUUGUUUUCUGACUUUGUACAUAGCGGGCAGCUCCAAGAUUGAAAGUCAAACCCUGUUGUUUGAAAGACAAAAUGGCUGUUAAGACUGUGAUACUCUUUAUGUUUGCAUGUUUCAAUUAUAAUUGGAAUAAACUUAUGCAAGAUU